GCAUCAUUCCCUCGGUCUCCACCACACGUCAUCUCCCAGAAAUCAGACCUCCCAGAUCCAGGUGGUACCACACAAUCAGAAGAUCCUCCAUUCUGUCAGCUUGUCUUUGAGAAAAAUCCUGUUACACAUUUCCAUAGAUAUAGGAUCUCAGUGAGAACUAGAGCUAUUGAUAUUAUUUAUAUUUACAGGAUCUCAGUGAGAACUAGAGCUAUUGAUAUUAUUUAUCUUUACAGGAUCUCAGUCAAGGUACCAUUUAUAGGACGUUUAAAUCUACAAGAUACUCAGUUGAUAGUAGUUGGUGAUACAACAUCUCUAGAUACCAGCGCCGUUAUUCUACAGUUAACCUCAGUUAUAAUGUAUAAACCUCAAGCUAGUGAUAAAUUAACCUCAGUUAUAAUGUAUAAACCUCAAGCUAGUGAUAAAUUAACCUCAGUUAUAAUGUAUAAACCUCAAGCUAGUGAUAAAUUAACCUCAGUUAUAAUGUAUAAACCUCAAGCUAGUGAUAAAUUAACCUCAGUUAUAAUGUAUAAACCUCAAGCUAGUGAUAAAUUAACCUCAGUUAUAAUGUAUAAACCUCAAGCUAGUGAUAAAUUAACCUCAGUUAUAAUGUAUAAACCUCAAGCUAGUGAUAAAUUAACCUCAGUUAUAAUGUAUAAACCUCAAGCUAGUGAUAAAUUAACCUCAGUUAUAAUGUAUAAACCUCAAGCUAGUGAUAAAUUAACCUCAGUUAUAAUGUAUAAACCUCAAGCUAGUGAUAAAUUAACCUCAGUUAUAAUGUAUAAACCUCAAGCUAGUGAUAAAGUAUUAACAUGUGAUAUUUCUAUAUAUUUCAGUUAA